AAAGGACUCGGAGGGGGCGGGGUGCAGCAGAGAUGUUUGGAGGCUUUUUUAUUUUUUUAUAUAUAAAAUUAUUUAUUUAAAUAAAAAUGGCUGCCGUGGAGAGCGAGGAGGAGCGAAUAGAGGAGGGCCAGGAGGAGCGUCCAGAGCGAGAACAGUCCCACAGCAAGACCAAGAAGCCUCGCAAGGAACGCCGCCAUGUUGAGCCGGCUCCUCCCUCCCAGGAGCCCCACGACUCAGCAUCAGAGCCCGUGGCGGGGCCCUCGCAGGGGGCGGGGACGCAGCCCGAGGCGGAGCCCGCAGGGUCUCCCAGGCAGCGGCGCUCCAUCAUCCGAGACCGUGGACCGCUGUACGACGACCCCUCGCUGCCCGCAGGCUGGACCCGUAAGCUCAAGCAGAGGAAGUCCGGACGCUCGGCGGGGAAGUUUGACGUCUACCUGAUCAACUCGGAGGGAAAGGCGUUCCGCUCCAAGGUGGAGCUCAUGGCCUACUUCCAGAAGGUCGGCGACACCACCACCGACCCCAACGACUUUGACUUCACCGUGACCGGACGCGGAAGCCCGUCCCGCCGCGAGAAGAAGCCCCCCAAGGCGCCAAAGGCGGCCAAACCGUCCGGCCGAGGCCGUGGCAGGCCGAAAGGCAGCGGGAAGAUGCGGCAGGCCACAGAGGGCGUGGCCAUGAAGCGCGUGGUGGAGAAAUCUCCAGGGAAACUCUUGGUCAAGAUGCCCUACGGCAAGGCGGAGUCCAGCAGCGGGACCACGCCCACAACAUCAAAGGUGUCUCCUCCUACGCUGCCGUCAAUCAAGUCCCGCCCAGGCAGGAAGAGGAAGUCAGACCAGGAUCUCCCCGCCCCUCCGCAGACGGCGCCCAAGAAACGAGGCAGGAAACCAGCCUCGGCUUCAGCGGCGUCGACGGUCGCCGUGGCGUCUUCCUCGGCAGCGUCCACCUCGGCGAUGCCAACAGCGGGGGGCUACGCCGCUGCCGCCAUCAUAGCCGCCGAGGCCAAGCGCAGAGCCACCAAGGAGUCCGUCGUCCAGGAAACGGCUCUCCCCAUCAAAAAACGCAAAGCGAGAGAGACCGUGGAGGAGCGGGAGAGCGUUCCGACCCCGGCGGCGAGCACCUCGGAGCCAGGAAGGACGGAGGGCGUUCCCAGGGAAGCGACGCAGACCUCCCACCCUUCCUCUUCGUCCUCAUCGGAGCAGAGCCAGUCUCAAACCCAGAAGCAGACGUCCGCUUCCCAGGAAAGUUCCCCGCAUGGACACAAGGCGCACAAAGAGAGGAAGCACAAGGAGAAGAGCGCGGCGGCAGGAAGUGGCGAGGAGGAAGGGAGCGAGGACGCCGAAGAAAAGGGAGGAGGAGAUGGAAGGAGUCCCUCCAAAAGCCAAAAGAGGAAGGAGCACUCGCCUCAGAAACACCACCAUCAUCACCAUCACCACCGCCAUCAUCACCAUCAUCACCAUCAUCGCCACCAACAGACCUCCUCUGAGGAUCAUCCUCAUCCCACAUCUGGACACUCCGACCAAUCCAGACCGAAAACCGACACGCAGCAAGCCCCCAAGCCGCCCCCACAAUCCCAUCCGCCGCCCCCAGCCCCGCCGUGUCCCCUCCAAACCCAGCAGUCUCCAGGUCAUUCCCAGCCCCGAGUCUUGCCGACUCAGCCGCACCCCCAGAAACCGCCGCCUUCGGUUCAGCACAGACCUCAGCUUCCAGCCCGGCACGGUCCUCCCCCGUCACACCUUCCAAAGCCCCCCCCGGCCGUCUCGCAGGCCCCUCCUCUCCAGACCAGGAAUCUACGGCCGCAAACCGCCGUGACGCUCCCGCCUCAACCCGGACCCCGCUUUCAGACUCAGCCCCGUCCUCAGACCAGUGCCCCCAAUGCAGCCCAAGCCCACUUUCAGCAGCAGUCCCUGUACAGGACCCCCCCACAGACCACGAUGAGACCUCCUUCGCAAUACCAACUCCACUACCAGUCCAGGCCCCCGCAGGUCCGACCACACUUUCAGCACGCCCAGCCACAGCCCCCCAGGCCCCACCCGCCGCAGCGACCGUCCAUCAGCGCGGCCGGUAGACCCCGCCCGGUGUUGCCGGUUCAGCAGAUCGAGCAGCCUCAAGACCUAAGCACUGCGGCCCUCGCUCGCAGGGCGGAAGGGGGCCCCAGGACGGAGAGAAGAGCUGAACCAGGACUCGUCUCCGAGGGCUCAAACAGCACCGGCAGGCCUCCCAGCUCCGUGCGGGCCGACCCCCCAGGAGGAGACAUUGUCCCCCAAUCCGCCGUUCCCUGUCCGAGCCGGGAGGAGACGGUGGAUUCUCGGACUGCCGUCAGCGAAAGGGUCAGCUGAUGGACCGGUCUCUGGUUGUUGUGGACCGAGGUGACACCGCCCAGGGCUCGUCCUCCCAUCUUUGUGCACUGUUGUUCCACGGAACGACCUUUCCUCCCAGCUCCAAACUCGCACUGACGGACGACGCGGGAGAAGGACGGAUGGCGGGUUUUUUUUAGGAAAAACAAAAGGAAAACUUGAGUGAAAGUGAAAGUGAAUGUGUGUGUGUGUGUGUGUGUGUGUGCGUGUGUGUGUGUGUGUGUACAUAAUCUAAAGGCAGCUGUCGCGUCCCGCCGGUCUUGGCAGGGGAAGAGGAAGCAAUUUGGAACUACAAACAAACGCCCAAUUAGUCCGAAUGAAGCGUCAUUUCCGGAAUAUAACUUUUAAUUUUCUAUUUUGUUCGUUUAUGGUUUCGUCUUCACAGCUUUAAAAGUUCAUGUCAUUGACCGGCGCUCCCUUGCACGUCUGACGCUCCCUUGUCCCACAUCAGCGCCUUCCAGAAACUAAACCCGGAAGAGCGGGGCGCGCUUCAUUCGCACUUCCUGGUAGUUUCAUGUGUUAUUCCACAACCCCCCCCCCCCCCCCUCCGCUGGUAGCCCACAUAUGGACGUGACGUCCAAGCGUUAUUUCAAAGACAAGCCGACAUGUUCCGGAGUCUUCCGGGCUGACUACCACGUGACGUGAGUCCUUCUUCCAUAUUGGUUAUGUUUUUCUUUGUUAUUAUUAUCGACCUAGCGUAGCGUCUUUUUCUUGACCUCGGUUCCAAUGGGCUUGUCGUUACCGUGACAAUCGUCUUUGUCUUGAAUGUUCCGGAGGGAACCCAUUGGGACGACUGGCAGACUGAGGUUCCAACUCCGGAGCCGGGGGUAUUCGUCGUAGUGCGACUUUAGGACCGCCGUCAAGAAGUUUUCACCGGUUUUUGUCUUCCAGGCUUUCUAGCGAUGGUUUUGCUUGUGAUUGGUCAGAACACGAGUCACAACUUUCGCUUUCGUUUUAAUCACAUGACUACAAAAGCCAAAAGCAGUGAAGUUGUCACGUUGUGUAAAUGGUAAAUAAAAACAGAA